UGUCCAGAGGGUGUCGUACACGAAGAUUCCUUCAAGGACAUCUACGCCAAGUUCUUCCCUCACGGAAACUCGAGCAUGUACGCCCACUACGUCUUCAAGGCCUUCGAUGUCAACAGCAACGGUGCCAUCAGUUUUAGGGACCUGCUGGUGACGCUGUCGACGCUGCUGCGCGGCUCCAUGUACGAGAAGCUGCGCUGGACGUUCAAGCUGUACGACAUCAACGGCGACGGCUGCAUCACGCGCGCCGAGCUGUCCGAGAUCGUGUCGGCCAUCCACGAGCUGAUGGGGCGGCGCGCGCACCACGUCAGCAGGGUGGAGGACGAGAGAAAGGCGCGCGAGCAGGUCGACAGGGUGUUCAAGAAGCUCGACCUCAACCAGGACGGCGUCAUCACCAUCGAGGAGUUCAUCGAGUCCUGCCUCAAGGACGAGGUGAUCACCAAGUCGCUGCAGGUGCUGGACGCCGGCAGCGGGCUAUGAUGGCCGGCCCGGGCGGCGGCCGCGGCCGGGG